GUAAUGCUCCUCACAUCACACCCAAAUUCUACUCAACCCAAACCCAACCCCGUUCUCAUUCUUAUUAUUUUCCUUAUUUCUAGGACUACACACCCGUUCCAACCCAAACACCACCCUUAACACCACUUCAAAACGACCCUACUACCCUAAAACCUCUUCAAGUACUCGCGCUUUUUUCAAUCUUCACCCAUUCUUCCGACACUGUUCAAGAUUCCGCAAGAACCUCAUACCCACAUCCCAUUUUUGCUUAAAGUCUCGAUCUUUCGGCCAUGUCGAACAGGAUGAUGCACCGGGCGUCGAACCGGCGCCAGCCCCUGUUGCAGCGGCAGCCCUCGAAGCUGGCGACCAGCGUGGGGGAGGUGGUCGGAGGUACGGCGGCGGAGUGCGUGGCGGUGUGCUGCUGCGUCCCCUGCGGCGUGGCGAAUUUCCUGGUGCUCGCAAUCUACAAGUUGCCGGCGGCCUUGUGCCGGCGAAUGCUGAGGCAACGGCGGCACCGGAAGAUUGCCAAGGAAGGGCUGCUGAGACCCACGCGCCGCCACUGCUCGUGCGGGUGCUGCGAGGACGUUACCGGACGGAUAUUCCCCAUGUGCGCCAACGACGCGUUUGACGUCGAACGCCUCCACUCGCCGGAGCCCGACAGUGACGACGACACACUCGCUCUGGAGAAAGAGAUGUGGGACCGGUUUUACAACACUGGCUUUUGGAGAAGCUCUUCUAACAGAGAACGGAGAGAACCCUCGCAAACGCAAACGCAGUUGCAAUUGCAAUUGCAAAAUGUUGUUCCCCAACCCAACGUCUUUUCUUGAACCCUCCCUUUACAACAAGUACAUACACAACUUGUAUGCGCAAUUUUUUUUAUUCACGUUAAUGAGACUGCAACUCUUCCCUUUCGGUUUUUCAAGAAUAUUUUUCUUUUGUGUA